AUGCCGGAGGAGUCGGUAUGCGUUUUUGUUCGAUGGGCUUCAAUUGCUUCGAGAGACGAGUCGUGAACUGACGCAAAGCCCUCUCCUGGCGGUCUGCAGCCAUUCAUGGAUGGGCCCCUUGCGGGCCACGCUGCCAAAGUCGUUCCAGAGGAGCGCGACGUUGAAGGAUGAGCUGCUUGAAGAUGUGCUCCGAUCUAUGCACGUCAUUGCACCUCUUGCGCUUGCAGAUACCACUUGGGACAACGUUGGGCUCAUCAGUCAAGCUCCCGUGCCUCGCAAAGGUGCGGACAAGGUGUACCUCGCCAUAGACCUGACGGAAGAGGUAGCGAACGACAUUCUCUCCAAACCCAAGGUGGGAGCUGCGGUCAUCUAUCAUCCGUGAGUGAAUGUCGAGGAGCUGUUGACCAGUGUUCUGUCCCUCUUAUGCGCUUUGUCAAGUGCCUCGUAGAAUCAUAUUUCGACCCCUCAAGUCUCUUACGCUUGCUGACUCUCAGCAACGAUCGCUGCUCAAGCUGAUUCAGGCGGGCGUCAGCGUAUACUGCCCUCAUACAUCACUAGACGCCGCAGUCGGAGGCAUGACUGGUAAGCAGACGGUCGUCCAUCUUUCCUCUUCCGACGCAUUCAGUAUGCUUACACGCUACCCGCUCGUCGACGUCGUUACUCCCUCAAGACUGGCUCGCAAAGGCCGUUGCACAAUCCCCAUUCGGCGUGUUGGAGAGCUCAGAUUGGAGAGUGAACGAAUUGGCUGAUCAGCAAGAUUCGCAAUUACUGCGAAAUCUUGCUAUGCCCUUCAAAAUAGCUACCAUACUCAAGGACGAGAGCACUGAGGAGCUGGAGUACAAUCCCGAUCUCAUUUUUGCAGGCUCGCGGCCGGUGAUCAAGCCCAUCAUUCCAAGCGACCCGAAACAAGCGGGCCAUGAGGCUGCUGGCAUGGGAAGGCUCGUGACCCUUCCGAAGCCUGACUUUCUCGACACGGUGAUCUCUCACAUGAGAGAGUUCGUCAAGGUUGGAACAGAGCAAUGGACUGGCGACUUCACCAACUUCGCUCGCGAUCUCCACGAUCCUGGAAACGUAGGUGCGUAUAGAGGGUGAUCUCGAGCCAUUGGGCGGUGGCCAUCAGUAUUUUGACGUGCUAACCUCGCCAUGACCUGCAAACAUCAGUCAGAGUAGCAAGAGCUGCACGGCAUGAGAAUGGUUACCAAGGGAAGCGCAUCAGCAAGAUUGCUGUCUGUCCAGGCUCUGGAGGAUCCGUCUUCAAGAACGUGGAAGCCGACGUAUGUGAGUUGCUCUUUGGAGAUUUUUUUCGGCCAUAACUCGUGCGGGAAGGACCCGCAGUGUCCGACAAGUUCGAGUGACUGAGCCUUUGCUUGGCUCCGCGCUCCUUUACUGACCUUUGUACACCUCUUCGCCAGACGUCACUGGCGAACUUUCCCAUGUGAGCAUUGUUGGAGCAUAACCUGUGCGAGGCCUAGGUCAGAGCGCUAAAUCUUGAGCGCGUAUACCUCCUUUCGAAAGCACGAGAUCCUACAUUUCACUCAACAGAAACACUCGAGCGUGGUCUUGCUCAACCACACCAACUCCGAGAGACCAUAUUUGCCCAUACUCGCUCUUCGCCUGGGCGCAGCUCUCGAGCUCGCUCGCCACGGUCGUCAAGGGGCAUCUGGUCCCCCGCCCAGUGGGAAGCCGGCCCUACAAAAGGCUCUCGAUCGCGUCGUCGUCGGCAACAAAGAUCGCGACCCGAUCGAAGAUGCCGGACCCAAACGUCCAAUGAGAACACUUCAGGAGAUGCUCUCGCCCAGCUAG